AUGUUUUGUGAAGUCUUGGCCAAUGUGAGAGUUCCUGAUGGGUAUUCUACAAAUCUGUCUAGAUGUGUUAAUGUGAAUGAGAUGAAAAUACACAGAUUGAAAAGUCAUGACUAUCAUAUUAUAAUGCAAGAGCUGCUGCCCCUUGUAAUACGACAGGUAUUACCAAAACUUGUUACCAUUGUAUUGCUUGAGCUAAGUGCAAUUUUUAGACGAUUAUGUAGUAAGAAGGAAUCUGAAGCGUCAUACAUGGCUUUAAAACCUAAGAUUGCAGUGACAUUAUGCCAGAUGGAAAAUAUAUUCCCUUCUUCCUUCUUUGUUGUGAUAGUACACUCAAUCAUGCAUUUGGCAGAUGAGGCUGCAAUAGUAGGGCCUACCCCAUAUCGGUGGAUGUAUCCCAUUGAAAGACACCUACAAACGUUAAAGAAAUAUCUUUGGAAUAAGAGUUAUCCUGAAGGAAGUAUGGAACAAGGAUAUCUUGUCGAUGAGGGAUUAGCUAUGUGUACCAUGUAUCUAAGCAACGUUGAGACUCGAAGGAAUCAAAAGGGUCGAAAUGCAAAUGGUAUUGGUCGUGGUGUCAAGUUUUUGACUCUUCAGGUCAUUCUAAGGGUUCAGGUACUAGACAAUGAGGAAUUGCAUAUUAGGAUUUAUAUGGAUGAGAUAGUAGAUGAGGAUGAGCCUGGAAAUGAGGACGAAGAAGAUUCGGGUUCCUCCAUAGUCUAUUCGGGUUCUUUCACAACAACUCCAACACCAAUCGGCGUUCCAACACAGGCUAUCAUGGCGUUUGUUAGUGAUGUGACACUUAAGGCUCCUACUUGGCUCCUAGACUUGGGUGCCUCUCACCAUGUUACUUCUUCCACUGCUUAUGAUGGUCCCGAUGAGAUUAUUAUUGGUAUUGAUUUUGACGAAGGCGAUGAAUUCAUUAAACUUAAAAGCUUCCUUGCCACCCAUGGCAUCACUCACCUCAUCACCCCAUCCCACACCCCUGAACAUAAUGGUGUUGCUGAAUGUCGUCACCGUCAUGUAGUUGAAACUGGUUUAACUAUCCUUCAUCAAGCUUUCUUGCUCCUUCCGUUUUGGUCAUAUGCCUUUAAAGCUGCCGUGUAUCUUAUUAAUCGGAUGCCCACUCUCGUGCUUCAUAACAUCUCACCAUAUAAAGCCCUAUUUUGUGAUGAUCCCAAUUACACUAAGCUAUGUGUCUUUGGCUGUUUGUGCUUCCUAUGGUUCUGCCCAUACAACUCUAACAAACUUCUCCCCCAGUCCCGUCCUUGCCUCUUCCUUGGCUAUUCCUUCACUCAAAGCACUUACUAA